AUGCCUCACUUCAAUCUAAUCGUUCGCCGCUAUGCACCCAAAGAGGACCUGGACGAACGAAAGACACCAUGGAGGUCAAUCUACGUAUGUAGCUUCAUGCUUUGCCUAACUGGGGUCCAAAUGGGCAUCUACUUCAUGUCUACAUGGCAAUACCUGAAUGAGGUACAGCUUCAUCAACAUUCAGAACUGUAUCAAUUACAGCACAAUGGUGCUACUACAACCUAUAAUUCAAAAGUUUUUUUUUUUUUUGGAAAUCUACUUUACGCUCUCCUCCCGAUCAUUCCAUCAAACAGCAAGUUCGUAAUGCUACUGGCUCGUUUCCUCACGGGAUUCGGUACACUGGGAGUGCUACGUAGUUUCAUCGCUACUGCUAGUACUCGAGCAAAUCGGAUGCGUGCUGUCUCUCUUGGUACAGCGGGCAUUACUACAGGGCUCUCUAUCGGACCCGCUAUUCAGAUUUGUUUCAUACCAUUGGGAGAUACCGGUUUCUACAUAGGACCAUUGCUUUUCAAUAUGUACACAUCAGCCGCUUAUUUCAUGUUCGCUAUCAACGUUGCUUCUGUUUUCCUGGUGCAUGCCGUGUUCGUAGAAGACUACGUCGGUAUCAUAAGUGAUGAUGAGAAGAAAGACGACCCAUUCCUUGUUAUUCCGAAAUUCGAUCGAGUUCCUGUCCUCCUGCUUUUUUACAUGUGGUGGAUGCUGUGUGGGAUUGCCAGUACAGAAGGACUCGCCGCUCCUAUAACUAUUGCCAUGUACAAUUGGACAGACGAAGAAGCGAUUCUUUACAAUGGAGUCGUUCAAGUGAUUUCUUGUUUAGUGUCGACACUUGAGGUUUCCAGGGACCGUCGUCUCGUCUUAGCAGUAGGCCUUUUGGCUUUCUGGUAUUGCCAUUUCUUUCACUAUCCACUACCAUUCUACACAGGCCCUCUUACAAGACCUCAUUUGGGUAACACAGAAGUAUAUCUCUUAUCCAUACACCCCGAGGUAACUUCCUUCAAAUCCUGUGCCAUUACUACCAGCAAUGGCAAUGAUUUCAGGGUUCCAAUGGCUCUAUAUCUUUUCAACUUCGCCGUCAUUCAAGGUUUUGCCUACCCUUUGGUAUCCGCUCCCUCAAAUACGUUGCUGUCGGAAAUUCUUGGUCCUCGAAAACAGGGCACAGUUCAAGGCCUGUUUGCCUUUACUGGAAGUAUGGCGCAAAUAUCCGUUAUCAUGAAUAGAUACAUUAUGGUGUACCAUCUGGUGAUAAUCACCUUAGCAGCAUUGAGCGUAUUCAUAUUACGCGAACGACUUCUCCCGCUUGAACUGACACCUACAGUUGGGAAAGCGACGAAAUAUAAACGUGGAACUUUCUACAGGAUGUGA